CACCAUUUUCCCCCUAUAAAUUCACGGCCUUCCCUUGCAUUCUAAGUUUGCGAGAGAGAGAUAGAGAGAUUCAGAGAGAAGAUCAAAGAGUAGCAGGUGUAGUCGACUAGUCGAACAGAGGAAAGGUAGAAAGGUCAAAAAUGGCAGCAGCUUUGGAUUUACCUCCAGGAUUCAGGUUCCAUCCAACAGACGAGGAGCUUGUGAUUCACUACCUCUGCCGCAAAUGCGCGUCUCAGCCUAUUGGAGUCCCAAUAAUCGCCGAAAUCGAUCUCUAUAAGUACGACCCGUGGGAUCUCCCAGGUUUGGCUCUGUAUGGAGAAAAGGAUUGGUACUUCUUUUCACCUAGGGAGAGGAAGUACCCAAACGGAUCGAGGCCGAAUCGAGCCGCGGGGACCGGCUACUGGAAGGCUACGGGAGCAGAUAAGCCAAUUGGGCUGCCGAAGCCUGUUGGUAUCAAGAAAGCUUUGGUUUUUUACGCAGGGAAAGCUCCCAAAGGAGUGAAAACAAAUUGGAUUAUGCACGAGUAUCGUUUAGCCGAUGUAGAUCGCUCGGUUCGCAAGAAGAACAGCUUAAGGUUGGAUGAUUGGGUGCUCUGUCGCAUAUACAACAAGAAAGGCACAAUUGAGAAGCAAGGGCAAGUAAGCAACCGGAAAUUGAACUCGCCGGAAAUAAUGGAGGAUACGAAGCCGGAUAUUAGAGCACCUUUCCCUGAUCCAUCAUCGGCGACGGGGACCGCAAACGAUUACGUGUACUUUGAUACGUCCGAUUCAGUACCGAAGUUGCACACGGACUCGAGCUGCUCGGAGCACGUAGUAUCGCCGGAGUUCACGUGUGAGGUGCAGAGCGAGCCAAAGUGGAAAGACUGGGGGGACGUAAAUGCCCUGGAUUUCUCAUAUAAUUACAUGGAUGCCAGCCUGGACAAAACGUUCGCGUCGCUGUUUCAGGGAAAUAAUCAGAUGUCACCGCUACAGGAUAUGUUCAUGAACCUACAGAAGCCGUUUUGAGCCAAAUGCGGAUCUAGUGGGAGUGUUUGACUUGAUAAAGCAAUCGAACGGUAACACGAGACUGAAAGUCUAUGAGUGUGCCGUUGGAGAGAGAGAGUAAAGAAGAAAUUCGUUCACCAAAUGUGAAGGACCUAUUUGGGUAUAGCAAAAAGGAAUAGAAAGUAUAGCCGCCUUGUUAUGUACAUAUGGUUGGAUUUGUAAUUUGAAUUUUGACCUUUUAAGGUAGCUUUUGUAGUUUUAUUUAGAAUAAUUAUUAAUUAUUUAGAAUCCUUUAUUUAA